AGUGUAUCUUUGCGUUGCAUUGUGGGAUUUGACUGAUUUUACAAUCAUGGCGUCUCUUGUCCUAGCCAAAUGUGUCCGCUUGCUAGCCAGACCCUCGCGGAGAGUUUGCUAUGGCAGUUUUGCAGUGAAAGCUGCAACGGCAUCACGACCCAACCAGCGUCCGCUGUCCAUCCUUUCGUGCAGCCAAAAAACACGACAGACCGGUCUUACAUGGGUGUCCAGUCCACUGAUUCAGCCCCUUAGACAGUAUGGGGACCUGCCUCCUCUUACUCUUGAAACAAUCAAGGAUCGAGUCCUUUAUGUGCUGAAGCUGUACGACAAGAUAAACCCUUCAAAACUUGAAGCCACAUCUCAUUUUCUGAAAGAUUUGGGGCUGGACAGUUUGGACCAGGUGGAGAUAAUUAUGGCCAUGGAAGAUGAAUUUGGGUUUGAGAUCCCAGAUGCAGAGGCUGAGAAGCUAAUGUCUCCUCAGGAGAUUGUACAUUAUAUUGCUGAUAAGAAGGAUGUGUAUGAAUAAAGGACAGUUCGCCUGUACUGCAGGUGGGUAAAUGUGCCGCCCACCGCACCCCACUUGGACCUACUGCAGAUGGAUCUGUAUUUAUGUUUUAUUUUAAAAAUUAUACAAACAUUUUUUGUUAUGGUUCUGCUGGAUUUUGAUUAGCACUUAAUGCAGUUGUCCCCACCUGGUGGUUGCAGGGUUUAAUUGCACCCUUGCCAGUGAAACGCACCUUGACCAAGAUUAUUUUUCUUUGCGCCGAAACGCACAACAUUAAUGUUAGACUGUGAUAAAGCAGCAUGUGCACAGAAACUGUAGUGUUAAUGAGAGGGGAUGCGAGUCUGCUGUAUGACAUAGCCUCUGGCUCUUCCCCUCUCCAUAGCAACUUGUAAUGGCUCAUCUUCUGUUGGAAUCUCCCUCACACCUCCCUGCACAUGUUUUUGUUGCCCUCUGAUCUUAAACGCACAGUACAGAAACUUCCUCGUAAACGUGAGCGUUCAUGUUUUAUUUUUGCGUUGCAAUAAAAUGAUAUUUCAGUGUGUGUA